AUGCUCCGCGUACGCCCCGCUCUUCAUUGCAGAUCGUUGCUCAGACGAUAUGCGACUGUAUCAGGCCCGCAUGCCUUGGUUUUCCUGGAGCAUCGCGAGGGGGUCAUCGACUCGGGCUCGCUUUCUGCACUGACGGCAGCCCAGCAGCUCGGAGGACAGGUUACCGGCAUCGUCAUUGGAGCCCCAGACCAAGUGAAAGGCGUGGUAGAGAAGGCGAAGACGCUGAAGGGGCUGAACACCGUCAUUCACUCUGCGUCCGAACAGUACGCGCACUCCCUCCCUGAGGCGGUAUCUCCUCUCUUUGAGAAGCUACUUGGCGAGAGCAGCCCUUACACCCACGUUGUCUCAGCCCAUUCAUCCUCCGCCAAGUCCAUCCUGCCUCGCGUUGCUGCCAGGCUUGACCUCCCCGCGGUCUCUGACAUCACUUCGCUGGAGCACGAUGCCUCUUCUAACGCGACCACCUUUACGCGCCCCAUCUACGCUGGAAACGCGAUCGCUACUGUGAAGGCACCCUCCUCACUCCGGUUGAAGUUUUUCACUGUACGGUCGACCGCGUUCAAGGCGGCUGCCGCCGACGAAAGCGUCCAAGCAGAGGAACAGACAGUCGACCCUGUCGAGGUCCCCAAUCUGCCCACGCAGCAUGUACGGACAGACUUGACCAAGUCGGACCGCCCCGAACUUGGCUCUGCGAGCCGUGUUGUGUCCGGUGGUCGUGCGCUGAAGAACGCUGAAACGUUCAAUUCGACGCUGGAGCCCCUCGCGGACGUGCUUGGUGCUGCCAUUGGCGCGUCGCGCGCUGCCGUGGACGCAGGCUAUGCGGAUAACUCAUUGCAGGUCGGUCAGACGGGCAAGGUCGUCGCGCCAGAGCUGUACAUAGCUAUUGGUAUCUCCGGUGCCAUUCAGCAUUUGGCGGGAAUGAAGGACUCUAAAUUGAUUGUGGCAAUCAACAAGGAUCCUGAAGCCCCGAUCUUCCAAGUCGCUGACAUCGGUCUCGUCGCGGAUCUGUAUCAGGCAGUACCGGAACUAGUGGAGAAGCUCAAGCAAUAG